AAUGAUUCUAAUGAAAUCAAUGAAACUAAUGAUAAUAACUUCAAGGAGCAAAACGAAAGUUCUGAAAUCAAUGUAAUCAAUGAAGUUAUUAUUCAUUUUAGAAUAAAAGAUAAUUUAUCUAUAGAAGCUUUUUACAAUCAACUCCAUCUCAAAGGGAAAUACAC